CCGCUGUUGGAGUGGCCUGGGACCCAUUCCCUGGUGGGGUGCAAGUUCAGGAGCUGAGCCAGGAUAUUCUGAGUCCUGAUAGGCUGUGCCUGUCCACACCACAAACUAAUUGGUACCCAUAGAGUUGGAGCAAAUACUCGGACGAUGGCGCUGGCACUGUUAGAGGACUGGUGCAGGAUAAUGAGCGUGGAUGAUCAGAAAUCGCUGAUGGUUCUGGGGAUACCGGUGGACUGUGAUGAGGCUGAGAUUCAAGGGGUUCUCCAGGAGACUUUAAAGUCUCUGGGCAGGUAUAGGCUGCUUGGCAAAAUAUUCAGGAAGCAGGACAAUGCCAAUGCUGUCUUACUAGAGCUUAUGGAGGAUACCGAUGUCUCGGUGAUCCCCAGUGAGGUUCAGGGAAAGGGGGGUGUCUGGAAAGUGAUCUUUAAGACCCCUAACCAGGACACUGAAUUUCUGGAACGACUGAACCUCUUUCUGGAAAAAGAGGGGCAGACAGUCUCCGGUAUGUUCCGAGCCCUCGGGCACGAGGGGUUGUCUCCAGCCACGGUGCCCUGCGUGUCCCCAGAGUUACUGGCUCACGUGUUGGGACAGGCGAUAGCUCAUGCCCCUCAGCCCCUGCUACCCAUGAGAUACCGGAAACUGAGAGUGUUCUCAGGGAGCGCCGUGCCCGCCCCAGAGGAAGAGCCCUUUGAAAUCUGGUUGGAACAGGCCACUGAGAUCGUCAAAGAGUGGCCGGUAGCAGAGGCAGAAAAGAAAAGGUGGUUGAUGGAAAGCCUGCGUGGCCCUGCCCUGGACCUCAUGCAUAUAGUACAGGCAGACAAUGCAGCCAUAAGCGUGGAAGAGUGUUUGGAGGCGUUUAAGCAAGUGUUUGGAAGCCUGGAGAGCCGCAGGACCUCCCAGGUGAAAUACCUGAAGACGUAUCAGGAGGAGGGGGAGAAGGUCUCGGCCUACGUGUUGCGGUUAGAAACCCUGCUCCGGCGAGCCGUGGAGAAACGCGCCAUCCCCAGGAAUAUCGCAGAUCAGGUCCGCCUGGAGCAGGUCAUGGCCGGGGCCAGCCUCAGCGAAGUCCUUUGGUGCAGGCUGAGAGAACUGAAAGAUCAAGGCCCGCCUCCCAGCUUCCUCGAGUUAAUGAAGGUAAUCCGGGAGGAAGAGGAGGAAGAGGCCUCUUUUGAAAACAAGAAUACUGAAGAGCCAGAUGAAGGGGAUGGUUAUGGCCCCUGGGAUAACGAGGCAGAGGACUAA